AGCUUCGUCGGCUUUCGCAGCUUCUUCGGCUUUCGCAGCUUUCGCAGCCUUCUCUUGUUCCUUCUCUUUCUGUUUUUCCAAUUUGCGUUUUGCUUUCUUCUCCUUCCGACGCUUCUCCUCACGAUCUUCUCCGAAGCCGCCUCUUCGAUAUCUUCCUCCGCCGUUGAUUGUAUCAGACAUUGACUUGCGCCAUUCGAGCGUCUCUUCCCAUCGAUCUUUAUUCAUCGAGGUAAGGAAGUCCUCGCUGUCGCGGAACGCUGCUGCUCUCGUGCUCUUGUCCGCGCGCUCCUGCUUCUCUCGCUCUUCCUGCGCGCCUCGCUGCGCCCAAAAAUCCUCCUCACUUUUGCUUCGGGUGCUUUCGUGCAUGGAUGCAUCCUUGUCCAGUGUGCGCCCCGCUUCGGCGAUGAAGUCAUCUAGUAUGGUUUCCGUUGAAUGAUACUUGCGCAUGUUGUGGCGGAAGUCACGGUUGGCGUGUCGCCGGGCUCGCUCUUCGAAAUCUCGUGUGCUUUGCUCUUGACGCUUCUGGCUUGCAGCCUCUGCUUUUCGCGCGGCAUGAUCCACCUUUUCCUGGGCUCUGCGCGCUUUCGCUACUGCUUUUGCGAUCCGAGAGUCCAUAGCUUGCGUCUUCCCGUGGGUAUCAAAGUCAUAUUUGUUGAACGUUGGAGGGCAGUAGGAGUAACUCUGAGCUCUGAAUGGCUUUCCGCGAGCCUCUGGGCCGAUGUUUCCAGCCGUCGCAUCUUCGUACGCUUUCCGCAAGAUGCUGAAAGCUUGCGUGGCACCAGGAUCUGAACAUCGAUCCGGAUGAAUCAGCAGGGAUUUGACACGGAAUGUUGUCGUGACCUUCCGAGUAUCGGCGGCUUCUCGGGAGGCACACACAUUGUAUGUGAGCUGCAGGACCUGUGGCGGAUGCCGGUCAGCGUCGGGCAGAGCAAGGAUUCGCUUAACCUCUGAAAGUUGUGCGGGGGUCGGAGUCGACAUUCUACAUCGUUGAAUUUGUGCAAGUGGUUGGAAGACGAUUGCCGCAGCGAGAUCCUUGCUUAUCACCUUUUGAC